AUGUCAACUCCAGAUCCAACUGUACCGGCAGCAACAUUAUCAACCGUAGCAUCUGGCAGAAGUGCACCAACAACACCACUAGGAGCAUCUGAUCCAGGUGUGAUAACAGGAACACAAGAAACUAUAGGUCCAAGUGCAACAACUUCAGGGACAACCCUCGAUCCGAGUGCAUCAACAGUAGCAUCCGAAACUCCUGAUCUAAGUGCACCAACAGCAUCAGGAACCCCCGAUCCAAGUGCACCCACAGUGGCACCAGAAACCCCUGAUCCAAGUGCACCAACAGUGGCACCAGAAACCCCUGAUCCUAGUGUAUCAACAGUGGCACAAGAAACCCCUGAUCCUAGUGUAUCAACAGUGGCACCAGGAUCCCCUGAUCCAAGUGCACCAACAGUGGCUCCAGAAACCCCUGAUCCAAGUGCUCCCACUGUGGCACCAGAAACCCCUGAUCCAAAUGCACCAACAGUGGCACCAGAAACUCCUGAUCCUAGUGUAUCAACAGUGGCACAAGAAAACCUGAUCCAAGUGCACCAACAGUGGCACCAGAAACCCCUGAUCCAAGUGCACCUACAGUGA